GUCAAAAAUCGUCGCCUCCAUGGCUAGACUUUUCCCCUUCUUCCGUUAUCCUUUCUUCCUCCUCCGUCCGACCCAUAUACUGUAACUAAAAUCUCUUCUGUACCACCGCUGUGCCCUAGGGCCGCCGCCGUCCGACCCCGCCGUCCGUCCCCGGCCGCUCCCGUUCCAUCGCGCCUCCCCCCGCCCGUCCCCCCGCCGGCGUCUCCGCCCCGUCCGCAGCCUUGAACAUUGGUUUUAAAGGGCAGUGCUUAAGAAGGUGUGGAGCAAAAUCUUUUCAGUCACUAUCGAGUUGUCUGGUGUUUUUAUCACUCAAAGUAAAGUAAUUUUAUCCGGCCUGUAGAGCUGCUCAAAUAUGGAGGACAGCCAGGUAUUAGUUCAUGCGGAAGACAGUCAGGCUUUAGUUCAUGCCGAAGACAGCCGGGCUUUAGUUCAUGCGGAAGACAGUCGGGCUUUAGUUAAUGCGGAAGACACCCAGGCUUUAGUUCAGGCUGAGGACAAUCAGGUUUUAGUUCAGGUGGAAGAUGGCGAUGUUCUAGUUGAGGGGGAUGAAGACCAGAUUUUACUCGAGCCAGAGAAGGACCCUGUACCGCGUGAGCAAUUCCUUUUCAUUGGCCAAGAGUUUACCAAUGUUGACACUUGCCGGAGUGCCAUCAAGGAUAUGGCUGUUGCUCUGCAUUUCCAGCUCCGCGUCGUGAAAUCAGAUCGUAGCCGAUUCAUUGCCAAAUGCAACACAGAAGGAUGCCUGUGGCGUGUGCAUGUGGCCAAGUGCCACGGUGUUCCAACUUUCACGGUCCGGACAUUGCAAGGAGAGCACACAUGUGAGGGUGUUCAGGACCUACAUCAUCAGCAGGCUACUGUUAACUGGGUGGCUAGGUCUGUUGAGGCAAGGCUAAGAGAUAAUCCGCAGAUUAAGCCAAAAGAGAUAUUGCAGGAUAUUCGGGACCAGCAUGGGGUUGCUGUGUCUUAUAUGCAGGCAUGGCGCGGAAAGGAGAGAAGCAUGGCUGCUGUUCAUGGUACCCUUGAGGAUGGAUAUCGCCUUCUUCCUGCAUACUGUGACCAGAUUGGAAAGACAAAUCCUGGUAGCGUUGCAGUAUACAAAGGGGCUGGGCCAGAGAAUUCCUUCCAACGGCUCUUUGUUUCAUUUCAUGCAUCUAUUUAUGGUUUCUUAAAUGCGUGUAGACCCCUUUUGGAAAUUGACAAGGCAGAUCUAAAGGGCAAGUAUCUUGGGACAUUGCUAUGUGCUUCGGCUGUUGAUGCUGAUCACAUGAUGUUCCCUGUAGCAUUUGGUGUUGUUGAUUCUGAAAGUGAUGAGAACUGGAUGUGGUUUAUUUCAGAACUGAGGAAGAUGCUUGGUGUUAACACAGAUAAGAUGCCUGUCUUCACAAUAAUCUCUGAGAGACAACCACAGGUGGUUGAAGCGGUCGAGGUCAACUUCCCAACUGCUUUUCAUGGAUUUUGCUUGAGAUACGUGAGUGAGAAUUUCCGCGAGGAGUUCAAGAGUCCUAAACUUCUGAACCUUUUCUGGAGUGCCGUUUAUGCUCUCACAACAGCAGAAUUUGAUUCAAAGGUAAAAGAUAUGAUGCAAGUUCAAGAUGUCAUGCCGUGGUUCCAGAAUUUUCCACCAAACCUCUGGGCAGUUGCUUACUUUGAGGGUAUCAGAUAUGGCCAUUUUAGUCUUGCGAUAACUGAGAUAUUAUAUAACUGGGCCCUGGAGUGUCAUGAGCUUCCCAUUGUGCAAACUGUUGAAUACAUCAGGCACCAACUAACCUGCUGGUUUACUGAACGUCAGAACUUGGCCCUAUCCCUUAACUCAGUUCUUGUUCCAUCUGCUGAGAAACUUAUUUCUGAAUCCAUUUCUGAUUCAAGAUGUUAUCAAGUACUCAGAGCAAACAAGGUGGAGUUUGAGAUUGUGUCAUCUGAGCGAACAAACAUUGUGGAUACUCAAACCAGGUUCUGCUCGUGCCGUCGCUGGCAAAUUUAUGGUAUUCCAUGUGCACAUGCUGCUGCUGCACUACUUUCAUGUGGCGAAGAUCCUCGCCUGUAUGCACAUGAUUGCUUUAGUGUAAUGAAGUAUAGGGAAACUUACUCUCAGCGGAUCUAUCCAAUUCCAGACAGGAUCCACUGGAGCAAUUCGUCCUCUGGGCCGCGAGGCCUAUACAAAUCAGACAUGAUACUUCGCCCACCAAAGAUCCGAAGGCCUCCUGGCCGUCCCAAAAUGAAGAUUCUCAAGAUGGAAAGCUUGAAACGGCCGAAACGGAUCGUUCAGUGUGGCCGGUGUCAUCUUCUUGGGCAUUCUCAGAAAAAGUGUUCAUUACGAAGCUGACAUAUAUUUCUAUCCAUCUCCCUUCUUUUAUGUCCAAUAGUACUAGCUUUCAGCAGUUCCCUUGUUGGCAUUUGGCAAGAUAGGCAAAGUUCUUUCUGUUUCUUCAGAUUAGAGAGUACUAUCAUGUAUCCGGCGAUGAUUAUAGGUCAUUUUUCUGCACAUAUUUUCAUGUAACACUGGGCCGGCUAUCUCCCCUGUGACAGCUUCUCAUUAGUUAUUUGUUAUUCAAGUAGAUAGAAGAAAUUGUGCUGGUUAUUGUUGGUGUUGAGAGGCUGUAAGCGAGGACUGACUUCUUAGAACCAUGAACAGUUAAAAUAAUUAUUAUAACUGUUCCCUGUUUUUAGGUGCAAAAUCUAGAAGAGUUUGUAAGGGAGGUUGCUAGCGUUAGUGCAUAUGUAUGAAUUUAUGCUCAGACUUGUGAGGACCCUUCCCUGUUUCUUCCUGUACAUGUCUGCUU